UUGCUUGGGGUUUGGAUUUUUUUUCUUUGACUUAAAUGAUGCGUCUACUUAAGAUUUACAGCCCUAUAUAAAACGUUUUACUACAAUCAGAGCGUUUAAGUGAAAGUUUAGAGAGCAGAAGAGUGUUCAACGCUUUGUGCUCUACACUGUUUUAACCCUUAUGAGCCACCAUCCGCGACGCCACCCACAUGAUCAAGUCAGUUGACAAGGCAAAACACUGGGGAUCGUAAAGGCUGUCGACAUGGACCAUCAACGGAUUGACAGAGUUGGUCUUCUGUCUCCCCUGGAGGAGUCCAGCGCCGAGAUAAGCAGAGACAGCGGUAUCGUCUCCCAAAGUGCGAGUAGUUUGUCCAUGGUGAGCGAAAUCAGCAGCGGUACCGUGUCGCAGAGCCCCAGUUUUGGUGCAGCAGCUAAUGUUAUCCAUCAGAGUCCGAGCCUCAACGAAGCAGCGGAGCCCCAGACAGCUGACCAGCACGUCCCAGAGCAGGAUGACGAAGUCCUGAGAGACACGGCCCUCAGCUACGCCUCUUACAUCAGAGAGACAGCUGGAGAAGAGAUACUGUGCUUGGAGAAGAGCUUGGAAGAAAUGCUGACAAGAGUAGAUGAGUUUGUUGGAAUGCUGGAUAUGAUCCGCAAUGACACUUCCCAGAUAGUGAAUGAAAACCUACCUCAAAUCCAGCAGAAGUCUAUUGAAAUGAGACAAAUAUACAGACGAAUUGAUAAGUUAGAGGCCUUUGUAAAGAUGGUGGGAUCCAAUGUCAGUGCCAUGGAGGAGCAAGUCAUACAGGCAGAGGGAGAAUUAGGAACACUACCAAGUGCUUUCAAGAAGAUCCUCCGCACAAUGACUACUCCAGGCUUCUUAAGUAAACCAGCCAACCUAAGAAGACCAGCACAACAUCAGCAACAAGAGAUCCCCAGUGUGUUCCGGACAGAUGAUUAUUUCACAUCACAGCCAGAACAGUGACAUGCUAGAUCGUUUAAUGCAUAAUGUGGUUCUAACCUCAGAGGCCUGUUUGCUGACACUCUAGAGACAUUUUUUACUGCCAUCCAUUGCAAGAGGAUCUAUUGCAAGGGGAUCUAUUGGUGCAGUGGCCUCAACAAAGCAAUAGUAGCCUUUCUGAACAUGGCACUGGAUGUCAAGUGUGAAGACAUUCUGCAUCUUUGACUGUUGUUUUCCUGGCAGCAGAAAUGACUUAACUGUAGCAAAAUUAUUUUUAAGUGCCUAAACGGGUCUUAAUUCUGUUAGUCUUGCUUUCACUAAUUGUGAAGAAAACAUUGUCAGAUGUUAAUUUGUGACAAGUCAGGAGAACAAAGUCAUCUCACUGUAAAGAAGGUACAAAAAGGGGAGCUGUAAAGAUCUUAAGAUGUAUUACAUGAAGAAUUAACCCAACUUUUUUAUAAAUUACAUUCUUCUUAUUGGUAUUUGUAAAGACUGGCACGCUGUUAUAAAUUAAUCUGUAUUUCUAACAUCUCAUCACCCUACCCAAGCGAUAUUGAUGUUACCCACUUAAGCAUUUAAUGUCUUCCAUGUCAAAAUAUUCACUUUAUUGCUAUCCUGACUGUUUACUAUGGGUGACUGUUCUGGCACUGAUAUGACUUCAUUUUUGAAUGCAACUUAUAAAAGAACAAAGCACAAUGGGUAGGGUAGGGUAAGACUUGAUUGAUCCCACAAUGGGGAAAUGUCGAUGAGUUGUUAGUUUCACAAGUUAAGCUGUUGGAUGAAUUAAGGUCUGGACCAGUGAUGGAGAUGCAAUUCAGUUUUGUAACAAUAACUGGAGGAAUUUGGACAUCGUCCUUGAGUGACAACUGCACCCUCAAGGUUUGAGGUGGCCCCCCGCUUACCUUUCCUACCAGCUUUAGUCAAUAUUAGUCACAGCUAUUCAAUAUUUUCUUUAAUUUUUUUGUCAAAAUAGUUUGAAAUAAAGAGGUUUCAUUCACAGGUUAAUUUUGGUUUACGUUUUUACAAUAAUCACGUCUCUUUUUCUUUCCUUUCAAUUUUGGCAAUGUGGGUUUACAAGCCGGAGCUGGGUUUUUCAGGCAGCCCGUUAGUCUGCAUAUAAAUCCCAUCUCCUUUAUUAAGAUCGAAAGGGUUUAAUAC